AUGAGCUCGAAAUCGACAACACCAGCACCACCAGCACCCACAAUCCAAGAUCAAAUACCCAACAGCCUCCCUAGAGUUACAGCCACAAUAACCACGCAUGACCCAAUUACGCGCAAGGCUAUCUUCCACACGCCUCCAGAAGGUUCGGCCUUGGUUAAAUGGCAUCCACAACUUGCAGAUGGCCAAAUGGCAUUCUAUACCCUAUACCAGACACAGCAAAUCCCCGUCAAGAUACAGGAUGACCUGCAGUACCACGAUGAGUUUAUGAGAAAGAAUCAGAUGGGGCCACCUAUGGUAGUUGAAAAUGGUACUGUCUGUCGCAUGGUUGACUUCGCUCCUGGGUUUACUGCGGUUGAGCAUCGCGCUCUCAGUGUGGACUAUGGGGUAGUGAUCGAAGGUUCAGUUGAACUCAUUUUGGAUUCUGGGGAACUGCGUCAUAUUGAACGGGGAGGAAUGAUCGUUCAACGAGGAACAAUGCAUACAUGGCGAAACCCCAGCAGUACAGAAUGGACUCGAAUUCUUUUCGUAUCGGUGUCUGCAGAACCCACGACCAUCAACGGUGUUACCUUGGAGGAGGACCUGGGAGGGUUGUGA